CCACUUCACAGUUUGUAUUAGACAGUUGUAACGAGUGGGACUAAAAAAAGUCGCAAAAUUAUAAACAUUUACAAUAUUUAUAGUUAAAAACAAUCGUUAAUGUAGCAUAGACUAAAAUAAGAAAAAAACGUUUGUAGUAAAACAUAAAGUACUAUAAAACUAGAGCACACAGUAUAGUUAAAUGUGAGCUUAAUAAUUAAUAAUUAGUGAGCUUCGUAAAGCAGAUACUGUAAAGUUAUUAUUUUCAAUGUUAAGUUUUGAGGACAGUGACACCGAUGAAGUUCUCCGUGACCUUAUUGACAGAAUGCUGUAUAAAACACACACAAUUAAAAAUAACAUUAAAAACCGUUGGGUCGAUUGUGCUAACAUGAAGAAGUUUACUUUUACUCGGAUCUGUUUAUUAAUUGAUUAGUAAUUCAAUUAUAAAUUGAAUAUAAAGUCAGUUUAAUUGUUAACGAAUAAAAGUGUUUAUAAAUAUGAAUCGAUACAUUACGCUGAAUCAACUGGGUGAUGGCACUUUUGGAUCUGUUGUGCUUGGUCAAAGAGUUGAUACUGGAGAAAAAGUAGCGAUUAAAAGAAUGAAAAGAAAAUAUUAUUCAUGGGAAGAAGCGAUGAAUCUUCGAGAAGUUAAGUCUUUAAAAAAAUUAAAUCACGCUAAUGUAGUCAAGCUAAAGGAAGUAAUCAGAGAAAAUGAUGUGCUUUACUUUGUCUUCGAAUACAUGAAAGAAAAUUUGUAUCAACUUAUGAAAGACAGGGAUAAAUUAUUUCCGGAGCCAAUCAUUAGAAAUAUGAUCUAUCAAGUUCUUCAGGGUUUGGCAUUCAUGCAUAAGCAUGGAUUUUUUCACCGUGAUAUGAAGCCAGAAAAUCUUCUGUGUAUGGGCCCCGAAUUGAUAAAAAUAGCUGAUUUCGGAUUAGCUCGUGAAAUACGUUCUAGACCACCAUAUACAGAUUACGUAUCAACGAGAUGGUAUAGGGCACCCGAAGUAUUACUUCAUUCAACAACUUACAACAGUCCAAUAGAUAUUUGGGCCGUUGGAUGUAUCAUGGCUGAAUUAUAUACAUUUCGACCUUUGUUUCCGGGAAAAAGUGAAAUAGAUGAAAUUUUCAAAAUUUGCGCAGUCAUUGGUACUCCAGAUAAACAUGAUUGGCCUGAAGGUUACCAGCUUGCAAACGCAAUGAAUUUCAAAUUUCCUACAAUAUCAAGAACUCCACUUAAAGACAUUAUCCCUAAUGCUGGUCAAGAAGCAAUUAUUCUUAUGGAAGAUAUGUUGGAAUGGAACCCUAUAAAAAGACCUACUGCUCAACAGGCAUUACGAUAUACUUACUUUCAAGUGAAUAAUUCAACGCGGGUAAUGAGUAGUAGAAAGCAUGGAAUUCAUCCUCAUCAAGAACUUGCCAUGAGCAAAGUUAAUUUUUCUCCAACAGGACAUUUAUUGAAACACAGUCAAAAUUUAAAUAAAAACAUUGAUGAGCCUCAAUCACUUGAAAAAAUCGUUGUCGCACAACCGCUACAACAGCAAUUUACUUUGCCUGUUCUAAAUAGUCGAAAACAAGAUAACGUGCCAAGUUGGGAAAAUGCAAAUUUUACUGAAGAAUUAGGGAAUAAAAUAACUUUAGGAAAUACUGAUUCAAAGUUCGCAGAUGAAACUAGUAAGCAAAAUGGCAUCAACUGGAAUGAAAAUUAUGAAAUAGAGAAUCAAAAAAUGAAUGGAAAUUGGUUAACACCAGUAUGGAAUGAGCAACUGCCUUCACGAAAUUGGAAUCAAUCUCAGUCAAAUCAUAAAAAUAAUCGUAAAGUUUCAGCAAAGCAGCAUUAUCUUAGCGUCGCCCGAUAUGUUGUUGGCCAGAGCACAAAUCUGUCAUCCAGAAACGGUGAAGUUGACAUGGGUCGAUCAAGAUUAUUAUUGAAUGGUAUGGUAGCCCAACCGGUAUCAGAAAAGGUCGACGAUUCAAUGGAUUCGUUCUGGGGAACUCGAGAAAAUUUAGAAACACAAGCAAGGCAGCAUUAUCUUGUCAGAAAUUGUUACUUAUCCGAACAAAAUAGUAGAAUGCCGUAUUCUAGUGUUUAUGGGACUCACGCUAUCAAAGCACCGGCAAAAACUAUUCUUCAGCCGAGCUUAUUUGGGGCCCGUCCUAGUGGUAGUCUUCAUGGAAGAACAGACUGGGCCGCUAAGUACCUUAAAUGAAACAGAUUAUGUGAGCAAGAAAACUUAACUGUGAUAUAACAAUAAUUAAACAAUGUUAAUUUUAUGUUUACAUAAUAUAAAAAAACAAAAUAACAAUUUACUAGAUUAACCUUAGAUUGGUUUAUUUAACGAAUAAACAAUCUUCUGUUGUCACUUGAUGGCAUAUUAUGUUUUAUAUAAAUAAAAUUGUUAACUAU